AUGCCUCUCGGCGGACUUCCGGCGCUGGCCAAGACCUGCGAUGACUACAGAAUUGAUUCUCGCUCAAUGUUUACUUCUGGUUCCGUACUUGGCUUUUCCCGUACUCAGCCUCGAGUGGCAAUCGGUUGGGAAAGCGUCAAGUAUCCCGCUGGGACAGGCGGGUUUUACGCGUCUCCUUUCGCCUUCACAAGCACAUACAAUAUCGCUGCUGUUGGCUCUGGGUUGCGGAAUGGCACAACUCCUGCCCCGGGCCGAAAAGGCGCUAUCUGCCAUAACAUUACACUCCUCAACGUAGCAGGCACCUACCAAGCUCCCGCCCGAACCGCAACACACAUCCACGAAGCCGCCCGGGGAGCAUCCGGGCCACCUCGUCUCGCGUUCCCCAACCCAGUUGGUGACGAUAAGAAGAGAGUCGGUGUUGGCUGUUUGACGGGUCCGUUUACCACUGGAUUUGAAUGGAUUGAGGAGAAUCCGGCCGGGUUCUUUGCGGAUUCUCAUACGAAUUUAUUUUCGUUUGGGGUUGUAAGGGGGCAGCUUGCUUAG